AUGGCACUGUCUUACAUGCAGGAGGUGAAGAUCACCGCAGGACUCUUGGCAGGUCACGGUCUGGGCAUGAAGCAAGAACCAUCGGAGAAACGGCUUCGCCGGCCGUCCUCACCGUCCCUCAACAACAACACAGCAGCCUCGGCGACGUCCCUGUUCUCGGGGAUGGGUGCAGCCGCCGCGGCCGCAGCCUCCCUAUCGAUGCUCACGCCCCAGCAGCUCCUCGCGGCGUCGCACAUGAGCCACGCGCUCAUGGCCGCGGGUAUCCCGGUGUCGCUCAACGCGAGCCUCGCGGCCACGAGUCCCAGCCUCUACAGGCAUCACCAGACGCUGUUCGGGGGUUGGGUACCGCCAUCGGCCGCCUCGCCGCCCCAUCCCUCCCCUGGUCCCGUCUCGCCGGCACUCAGCGCUAAGUCCGCCAGCGGCGACAGGAUAAACAAGAAGGCUCAGGCUAACUUGAGAAAGAGGGCGGCCAAGGUGGCCAAGAGUAAUCCUCACGAUGUUACGCAAAUCGAGGGCGCCUCUAGCCCACCCAGUUCCGCCAGCCCCGAGUCCGGCAAGGACGCCAGGGAUAAAGUUUUCACCUGCGGCGUCUGCUCCAGGUCCUUUGGCUACAAGCACGUGCUGCAGAAUCACGAGAGGACACACACCGGAGAAAAGCCAUUUAAAUGCCCCGAAUGUCACAAGAGAUUCACGCGCGAUCAUCACCUUAAGACGCAUAUGCGCCUGCACACGGGCGAGAAACCGUAUCACUGCAGCCACUGCGAUCGACAAUUCGUCCAGGUCGCGAAUCUUCGUCGGCACCUGCGCGUCCACACGGGCGAGCGUCCGUACGCCUGCGAGCUAUGCGCGGCCAAGUUCAGCGACUCGAACCAACUGAAGGCUCACCUCCUCAUCCACAAGAACGAAAAGCCAUUCAAGUGCGAGCACUGUCAGAUGCGCUUCCGUCGCAGGCACCACUUGGUCCAUCAUAAGUGCGGCGCAGGGGGCGGAAGCUCCGCGACCUCGACCAUUCUACCCGCGAGUCUCGUGAGCGCUCAGCUGGGCAGAGCGAUACACCCGGGCUCGCCCUCCCUCAUCUGCGGCGACGACCUCGAGGACGGUCUCGAUGUUGACGUCGACGUGGAGAUGGACGAGGACUCGCUGCUCGCCCGUCACAAGCAUAUUAGUGCCCCGAGUCUCAGGAGAGCCGCAGCCCCGGCCAUGCGCCAGUUGCCCUCACCCUCGGCCCUCGUUGGCGCCUCGCCCGUCCUUCCGCUCAAUCUCUCCGGCAUACCUGUCGACUUGCCGGAGCAAACCGAGCCCGAGGAUUUGUCCAUGUCCGGGACGCGGAUCCGGGAGCUGGGCUUCGGCCACCAUCAUCAGCACCAAAUACUCCUACAGAGGCCGCACUCUCACUCGCAUAGUAGCGGUGGCGGCUCGCCCAUGAGCCGUUCGCCAUGCAGCGACAUCGCCCACGAGGGUGAGGACCAGGAUGACGUAGAGGACUUGGAUGUUGCUAGAGCCAGCCCGAGCAGCUUGUUUGCACCGGAGGCGCACCGCGUCAGGUGA